AGGUUGUGUCCUUCUAAAAAUAGUCUAAAAGUUGUGACUAUUCACUAGUUAUGUUAAUAGAAAGAUGGAAACUGUCUUUCCGUGUAAUAUUUUCUAUAUGGAGUGUAAUAUUUUCUAUAUGUAUCAUGUAUGUAAUGUAACUAUUUGUUGCUAAAUAAAAAACGGGGAUUGCGCCACAUAUAUCCUCAAAUCCUCAUAACAUGGGGGGCUUUUGCGCACGAAUUUGUAAGAACAUAAAUAAUUAGUGUAACUGGUAAAUAAAUAUGGAAUUUGUGGAAUUUAAAAUAAAUGGAAUGGUAGGAAUGAAAUACAGCAAAAAAUGGAAUGAUUUUCUUUGUAUUUUCUCUAUUUAUUUUUGGAAUUGAUGGAAUGAGUAUUCCAUUCCAUUUAUGUCAAAUGGUAAUUUUUUUUAUGGAAUUAAUGGAAUAUGUCAUUCUACAUCAUUCCAUUCCAAAUAUUUACAAUCCAGUUGCAGCCAAAAUAUAUUGAAAAUUUGAGUGUAGAAUAGAUUUGAAACUAGACUUUGGAUUCCAUACAUAAUGGAAUAACUUUUAGGUUAUGUCUUAUGGAAAUAGUUAACUAAAGAGAGGACCUAUAUGAUGUAGUAUAAGAGACUAAUAGUAAAAGAAGAAGAAAAAGAAAAAGAGAAGACAAAGAGGGAACAAGUUGGGGAUAAAAUAAUAGAGAUGUCAAAAGGCCAUUAUAGAUUAUAAUUGGCCAACCUGACAAGCUUUCAUUUCAUUCAACUCCUAUAUUAAUCACCUCUCUUCAUCCCCAUUUCACAUCUCUCUAUCUCUCUCUCUCCAUAAGAACCCUAGAGGUUGAUCGUGUCGUCCUCUUUACACUUCCUCCACUUUCAAAGUUAGAGCCUUUGAGGCAAAUUCAGCACUUCGAAGGUUUCUUUUGUCAUUUCUACCCAUAAAGUUCAAAACGUUUUAUAUUCUCAUCUACCAAAACCUUACUGUUUGAAGUUCUUGAGGAAAACUAAUAUUCAAGGCCUAAUAUAUAUAAUAUCAUGAUGAUGGGAAAAGAUGAUUUGGGUUUAAGUCUGAGCUUGGGGUUUGCACAAAAUCAACAUCCUCUCCAGCUAAAUCUCAAACCUACUUCUUCACCAAUGUCUAAUCACCAGAUGUUCCCAUGGAACCAGACCUUUGUAUCCUCCUCAGAUCAUCAAAACCAUCAAUCUCUAAGGAAAAUUGACGUGAACAGCUUGCCGUCGACGGUGGAGUUGGAGGAAGAGACCGGAGUUUCUUCCCCAAACAGCACGAUCUCGAGCACCGUGAGCGGCAAGAGGAGGAGCGAGAGACAAGGUAGCGGAGAUGACCUAGACAUCGCUCUGGACCGAUCUUCCUCACGUGGAACCUCCGACGAAGAAGAAGAAUAUGGAGGAGAGGCUUGUAGAAAGAAGCUCAGGCUAUCCAAAGAUCAAUCUGCUGUUCUCGAAGACACUUUCAAGGAGCACAACACUCUCAAUCCCAAACAGAAGCUGGCUUUGGCUAAGAAGCUAGGUUUAACCGCAAGACAAGUGGAAGUGUGGUUCCAAAACAGAAGAGCAAGGACAAAGUUGAAGCAAACCGAAGUAGAUUGCGAGUAUUUGAAGAGAUGCGUAGAGAAAUUGACAGAAGAGAACAGACGGCUCGAGAAAGAGGCAGCGGAACUAAGGGCACUAAAGCUUUCACCGGGGUUGUAUGGUAAGAUGAGUCCACCGACCACGCUUCUCAUGUGUCCAUCAUGCGAACGCGUGGGCGGACCAUCGAACCACAGCCAAAGGUCGGUGUCUUUGAACCCGUGGCUCCAAAUGGCCCAUGGGUCAACUUUUGAUGUCAAGCAUCCUAGGUCUUAACUUUAUUCCGGUUCUGUGGGUUAUAUGAUUAAUUAUGUGGGUCAUUGUACUUUUUAGAUUAUUGACUCUCGUUAUGUAUCCUUAAAAGCUUUUUCAUUUUUAAAAACUACUUAAAUCUGAUUAAAUUAGUUGUUCUUGUCUUCUUGAUGACAAACAAAACAUAAAAGAAUGGGGAAAACAAUUUAUUCCUUUUUUCUCA